ACUCAUAACAAAUGACACAAAUGAACAGCCAUGCAAACUGGCACAUUUUUGGGUAGUGGGUCAGUUUGGACACGAAUCGAGAUAUAAGCGUUCACGUUACUAGCGAGCGUCCGAGGCCUUCUUCCUUACCCGUGAGAGGCGAGUGCGCCAGAUCUUCGCGACAUCUUCGCGACCACCAUGCCGACACACCGUCAGGAGACACAGCGAGGGCGGCUGGAGCUGCAUCUGCUGCUGCUCGGUGGCUUGGCGUGCCUCCUAGCCCCCUGGGGUGCAGCGGCAGUGCGACUGCACCCCAGAGAUGCCACGAGUCUCGCCUUGCUGGCCAGCGAGUGGAGCGGCUUCAACGGCAGCGACACGUGGGGGUUGCGCCACGUGGACUGCACGGCCAUGGAGGGCGUCUUUUGUGACAAAGAUGGGUUCGUCUCUGCCAUAAUGCUUAAACUGCUUAACUUAGGAGCGCCAAUACCCGCCAUGAUCAGCCGAUUCCAACGCCUCGACACCCUAAUGCUUACCUUCUGCGAAAUCACAGGCACCAUCCCUGAUGCCCUCUUUGACUUGCGACGGCUGAAUACGCUUGCGAUAGCAGGCAAUCCCAUCUCGGGGACUCUCCCUGAUGGCUUCAGCCGCCUCACCAACUUGGAAUACCUGUACCUUGCUUCCAACCAGCUAUCCGGGCCAAUCACCCCGCUGGCCAACUUGCUGCAACUCAAAGAGCUGUAUCUUCCCCAGAAUUCAUUCAGUGGUUCACUUCCCAAUGAGCUUGGCAAUCUCACUGCUGUCACUCGUUUGCUCCUUAGUUACAACCUCUUUUCCGGGAACCUCCCUUAUUCGAUAGGCAACAUGGCCUCUCUCAAGGAGUUUCUCUUGACCUACAACGUGCUCACUGGCACCAUUCCCGACUCCCUCAGUCGCCUCCACAGCCUUGAACUCCUCGAUUUGUCCAGCAACCAGCUGACUGGAUCCAUUCUUGAGUCACCCAUGUUCCCCUCUUCUCUCAAGUACCUCGGGCUUAACAGGAACCUUCUGCACGGCUCAAUUCCCACUUCACUCGCAUCACUGCAGCAGCUUGACCGCAUUUCACUCAUGGCCAACCAGCUGUCGGGAAGCAUACCUUCUGCACUGGGCGAUUUGCGCCGUAUGCGAUUCCUGUUGUUAUCAGGCAACGCAUUGUCUGGAUCCAUCCCCACAGCCAUCGGGAAGCUCACCAACCUAGUUGCCUUGUACCUCCAGGAGAACCAGCUGUAUGGAACCAUCCCCAGCACCCUCAGCAAUCUUUCCAGGCUUGAGCGGCUGGUGGUGGGCAUCAACCAGCUGUGCGGCUCCAUCGAGCCCAUCUUGCGAGCCAUGAGGAACCUCACUGUGUUGUCCCUAUCAGGCAACCUGUUCUCUGGCCGUCUGCCCAACGCCCCCGGACCAAGCUUGACACAGUACCGAGUGGAUGGCAACUUCUUCUCGCACGGCGAUGUCAAGUUUACCAACUGCUCGGCGGUCCUGUGGGACACGUCAAAAAACUGCCUUGCUGCUUCCCUGAGCGUUUGCGGCCGCACCUCCACCCAAAGACCCACUGCUGUAUGCACUGCAUUUUGUGGGGUGGUGGCUGGUUCUGCUAGCCCUGCAUGCGGGGGCCAUGGCUACUGUGCGCUGAAUGCGUUCACUGCCAUGGGGGAGUGUACGUGCGAUCCCAACUACAUGCUCAACAGCAGCAACAGCAACGCUUGCAUGCCCGGAGCCGUCGGGGCAUCUCUGGAAUCGGGCUCUGCCUAUGUGUCCCUCCUGGGCUCUGCCUCUGUGCUUUCCAACGGCUCCAUUCUGCUCACAGGUGGGGCGCCCAACCAGCAGGGUGCAGCGUUUGCCUCACCUGCCAUGCGCCUCUUCCAUAUCCCCGACAAGCGGUCUCCCUGCGGAACGGAGCUGGGCUUCCUUGCUGCCUUCAGCUUUGCCAUGAGUCCCGGGGGGCAGGGGAGGGGUGGAGAGGGCCUUGCGUUUGUGGUGGCAGAAGCUGCUUCUGAAAAGGGGGCGAGUGUGAGGCUGGGAGGGGUGGGGCGGCGGAGUGUUGGGGUGGAGUUUGACUCGGUGCUGAGUGUGAAGCACAGCGACCCCAACGACAACCACGUGGGCGUCAAUGUGGGCGGCUCACCUGUGUCCCUCGCCUCUGCCACGGCCCCUCUCAUCCUCAACGACGCCCAAACCAAGCACGCCUGGAUCCACUACGACCCCACCAGCGGCGGCACUCUCCGAGUCUUCCUCUCCUCCGACCCCAUGCAGCCCCUCACCCCCACCCUCACAGCAGGCGUGUCUCUCUGCUCCGUUCUCAAGCCCACUGCAUCCGACUCUCUCUUCCUCUUCGGCUUUGUUGCCCUCUCAGGCAGCCAGCCCCAAAGGCAUGCCAUCUUCUCCUGGAGCUUCACCACAGGUCUGUGAGCUGAGGCCAGCACCUUCUUGUAUCCCUGCAUGUACCCCCCUAAGCCCAUAACUUCCUGUGCAAGACGUGGGAUUCGUUCCUGGCUUCACAUCUCUCUGCUGAGGUGUUUCACUAUGGGUUCACAUUUCCAUUGUUAAAUUAUAUAUUGAGUUAUAUAAUUGUUAGGCUUGGUAGGUUACCGAACUUUACUGUA